AUGCGGGAACAUCGAGCAUUUCUUGGGGCGAGUUUGGGGUUUGGCCUUCCCAACCGCUGUAGUAGCCUCCAGCCCCCUCCAGCCCCUCCCAAAGUGAAAAACCCGGACUUGGGUCAGUGUGGAAAACCCCACCGGCCCCCACCAAUGCAUCGAGUGGGUAAACCCAAUUUCGGCAAUGGGUAUGAGCCCUUGUUUGGGUCAUGUAAAUUCAGCCCCCGGGUUAGCGGCGCUCCGGUGGCCAAUUUCCUCGAGGAAGCGGGAAAAAGGCCCCCCACACCAACCAAUCCUCGCUCCCGGAGGGACUCUUCGGGACGCUCCACUUCCUCCAAGUGCCCAGCUUUGCCCCAAGCUGGCCCCUUUCGGGGCCCCUUAUCGGAAAAUUUGGGCUACCAACACGCUUCCGCCCGGGGGUCGACCCCCGGGCCUUACUCUGGUCAGGUAGUAAAGGGCCCAGAAAAGAAAGGGGUCGUCCAGAUGGCCCCCAUCACCGGCAGCCGUGCCCCGUGCUGCCACCCCAAAUCCAAGCCCCCAACGGGCCCCCUUGAGCGGCACACAAGGGCCCCGGGAAAACCACCCCAGUCUCUGGGUGCGUUUUGGAAGUUGAAUAGGGGCCCAAACAUAUCGGGGCCGCACUAG